AUGGCUGACGUCUCUCCCAAUCCCAUCCCCUUCUCCGAGCCCCCGUAUUUGCGGGGGCUCCCAUCCCCAUACUACACCGCCAGUCAUCGUCGAUUCCAGAAAGCUUGCCGCGCAUUCGUAUGGGAGAACCUCCUCAGCCAUGCUAUGGAGUGGGAGAAGGCGGGUACAGUGCCGGAACAUGUUUUCAAGGAUUUCUGCAAGCAUAACAUGUUGCUGCCGAAUCUGCCCGCCCCGUUGCCCGUGGACUGGCUGAAGAAACUGGGAAUUCAUGAUAUUCUGGGAGUGAAGGUCGAGGAAUGGGAUUAUUUACAUACGGGAAUCUACUGCGACGAGUUGGCCCGGUCGGGUUUGGCUGGACCAGGGGCCUCAUUGAGCGCUGGUUUCGCUUUUGGCAUUCCGCCGAUCAUCAAGUACGGUAGCAAGGAGCUACAAGAACGUUUUCUUCCUGAUCUCCUCACAGGAAGGAAACGUGGCUGCAUUGCCAUCACGGAGCCAGAAGCCGGAAGCGAUGUCGCCAAUAUCACCACCACUGCCACGAAGACUCCAGAUGGAAAGUACUACAUCAUCAAUGGGGCAAAGAAAUGGAUUACAAACGGAAUCUGGUCCGAUUAUACCACCAUGGCUGUCCGCACAGGUGGGCCCGGAGCCGCCGGUCUCUCGGUCAUUCUCGUGCCUCUCAAAGGGCACCCCGGCGUCACCAUGCGUCGACUCAAGGUCUCUGGCCAGAUCACCGGUGGAACGACAUACAUCGAGCUCGACGAUGUCAAAGUCCCCGUGGGCAACCUGAUCGGCCGCGAAGGCGACGGCAUGCGCAUCAUCAUGACCAACUUCAACCAUGAACGCCUGACGAUCGCGGUCGGCGUCACCCGCCAGGCCCGUGUCGCCCUCGCUUCCGCCUUCCAGUACACGAUGAAGCGCGAGGCGUUCGGCAAGACACUGAUGGAUCAACCCGUGGUGAGGCACCGGCUGGCAAAAGCGGGCGCGGAACUCGAGACGAUGUGGGCGUGGGUGGAGCAGAUCUUGUACCAGUUGUGUCAUCUCAGCAAAGAGGAAGCCGAUCAACAGCUGGGAGGGAUCACGGCGCUGGCCAAGGCCAAGGCGGCUAUGGUGCUGAAUGAAUGUGCACAGUGUGCGGUCUUGUUAUUUGGUGGUGCUGGGUAUACUGCUAGUGGACAGGGAGAGUUGGUUGAGGCGAUUCUGCGAGAUGUUCCCGGAGCUCGCAUACCAGGUGGAUCAGAGGACGUCCUUCUGGAUCUGGCCGUGCGACAACUGGUCAAGAUUUAUCAAGCAGGAGAGAAGAAGCUCGCAAAACAGGCAAAGAUCUUAGAACUUCCUCCCUCACCUGAUGCCCUGAGUCGGUUGGACAGUGAAGACAUCCAAAACCUGGCAUUGCACCUAGUCUCUGUGCUACGAAGCUUGCCAGAUCUGCGAAAGCGACCGUCCGUGAACAGUCGCAGGAACCUAUUGAGCGAUGUCUUAAGACUUCAUUCUGCGAUCAGCACCGACGACUUUGAGACCUAUCAGCUAAUCCCACUGCUUACUACCGUUGUUAAAGAAGAGUCCGACCAUCAAAUUUGGAGCUGGAGCGAAACCUUUGCCGUCCUUGCCGAAUCCACCCCUCCUCCUAAACGUCUCCCCUUCCUCGACCAAACACCAUUUCUCCAUACCACGAGUAGCUUCGUGAAUUCCUUCGAGCAGCGGAAGCACAUAGAUGCCGUUUUAAAGGAGGAGCUCGGGUCAACCUACAUCGGUGUGCAAGGGUUCUAUGAGGCGUAUUUUUCUAGUAUCGAGGGUUUGGAACCAUCCGGUGCUGCCUUAUUUCAAAGAUGCCUUAUGCUCUGGGUGGCCGUCCAGCUAACUAGCUAA